AUGCAGUUCACUUACCGCUUUAAUGUCGGGAAGAAGCUAGGAGAGGGAGGCUACGGGCUCGUCGAGACGUGCAACGACACGACGGGGGAGCUCGGCGCGGGGCCGCUAGCCGUUAAAACCAUUUCCAAGGAGGCGCUUUACGCGGACUGCCAGCGGCUCGAGGACUUCGAGGCGCGCCGCAUCGCGUUGGCGCGCGAGGUGGACGUAAUGAAUCGCGUGCGCGGGCACGAGCACGUGGUGCAGGUUAAGAAGGUGUAUAACAACAGCGAGCGAUUGCGCGUCGUCAUGGAGAUGUGCGAAGCGGGUAACCUUCUAGAACACCUCGCGGCGCGGAUCGAGCUCCUGAGGCAAGAGCGAGGAAGCUUCGGCAGCAGCGGCGGGUUCUUCGGCUCCAGCGGCGGCGGCGGUGGCGGCAUCGGCGGGUUCGUGUUCGGCAGUGGAGGCGGAAGCAGCGGCAGCGGCGGCGCAGGCGGGCGGAGCGCGCGCGGCGGGCGCGGGCCGUGGGCGGGCGGGCUCCCGGAGAACGAAGCGGCGGUACUAUUUAAACAGCUAGUGGAGGGCGUUGCGUUCUGCCACCGGCGGCGCGUGCUGCACCGCGACGUGAAGCUGGAAAACGCGCUGCUCGCGCUGCCCACGGGGCGGCAGUCCGAGGCGGAGAACCUGGAGGCGGAACUGCGCAUGGUCUCCGCGGACAUGGCGCACGCGGGAGACGACGCCGCGGCGGGCGGAGUGGGGGGAGCGGGUGGGAAUGGGCGGGGGCAAGGAGACGAGGGGGUUCAGUCAGCAGGGAGCACAACGCCAACAGGAGCUAGUCCUCACCAACGCCACCACCACCACCACCACCACUUUAAUCUCUUCAGCAUCCUUCCCCAGGGCGCGCGUUCCCCUGCGCUCAAAUCCCCUGCUGCUGACAAGUCCCCUAGGCUAAACUCUCCUGAUAACGUGCCUCCCCCUGCUGCUGCUGCUGCGGGCGCGUUCGCGCGCUCCGCCUCCGCGCCAGGUCCCCCGCCCAAAUCCCCCAUCAACACGCGCCCGCCGCGCUCCCCGCACCUCGCGGCGCCCAUCCCGCCGUCCCCCUCGGAAUCGUCCGCGCUCUCCCCCGCCGCGAUCGCCGCCGCCGUGUCCGCCGGAUCCUCCGCCGUCUCCCUUGGCCUCGUGGUGAAACUAGCCGAUUUCGGAUUCGCUAUGGUGCUUCGGGAUGGGGAAACCGCCUCGGGAACAUGUGGCACCCCAGGUUACAUGGCUCCUGAGUUAGUAUCCGAGGAGAAAUAUUCCUUUCCAGUGGACAUAUGGAGCCUAGGGGUUGUCCUGCACGCGUUACUCUUCGGCGAGUUACCGCAUUACCGCGAGCCGCGCGACGUGGUUACUGAGGGCGUGCCGCGCCCGGGUGCCCGGAAAUGGAAGGUUAUUUCGGAAGCUGCCCGGGAGCUGCACCAGGCGAUUCUCCAGCUGGACCCCUCCAAGCGGCCUACAGCAGCAUUGAUUCUGAAACACCCGUGGUUUGAACAGGCUGAGGCAGCUCUGAUGGCGGGUGAAGCGGCAGAGGCUGGGGGGGGAGCAGCGGGGGACAGAGACGGGGCAAUUGGUGCUAAGAGCGGGCGAAUGAAGAGUGGGAGAGCAGCGAGCGGGAGGGCGAAAUCCGGACGGAAUAUGGAGUUUUUGGGGCAUAAAGGGGGUGGGGGGAAGGAGGGCGCCGGAGGAGGAGGAGCAGGAGGGGGAGGUGCUGAAGGGGAUGACAAGGGUUCGGUUUCUUCCCCUCCUUCUUCUCCGCGCGUGGUGGUGCUUCGGCUGAAGCUGGGAGCCAGGAAUCUGGCUCUUAGGUUUAAGUACGGCUUUAUUCCCACUGCAGGUCCCCACAGGAAGCAUGCUCAGACAGAGGAGGAGGAGGAGGGGAAAGGAGGGAAGGAAGAGAAGGGGAUUGUGGGUUGA